AUGGAUCAAGUACAAGAGGUGGAGAACUUUUAUGGUGUCUACUUGCUAGUUAACAAUAACGACGAUCCAAAAUACAACGGGAGAUGUUAUGUCGGGUUCACGGUGAAUCCAACAAGACGAAUUAAUCAGCAUAACAAAGGAAAUAAGUUUGGAGGAGCUAAACAUACUACGAGAGUUCCAGGACCUUGGACGAUGGUUUUAAUUGUACAUGAUUUUCCUGAUAACAUUUCAGCACUAAGGUUUGAAUGGGCAUGGCAGGAACCAAAGAAUUCAAGAAGACUUAAAGUCAUAGACAGUAUUCAAAGAAAGAAGCCUAGUGAAAGUUGGUUUAAAUAUCAUUUUCGCAUCCUGACUGAAAUGAUUAAUCUUCCACCUUGGAAUAGACUUCCUUUAAAAGUUCGAUGGCUAGAACAGGAUUUUUGCACCGACUUUCCACAAUCAAGAUUUCCCAAUCACAUGAUUAUCUGUUUUGGAGCAAUUAAAGCACGAAAAAAGACAAUCGCUGCUGCGGAACAAAGCAAGGAAUUAAUGGAUUUAAUCAGAAAACGAAAGGAAUGUCAUUUGUGUCUUAAUGACAUUCAAAAUCUUGAGACGGACCGAGUUCUUUGUAUUAAUCCAAAAUGUAAAUUAGUAGCUCACAUGAAGUGCCUUGCAAAGAUGUGCUUAGAAAAAAAUCAUUAUGUUCCAAUUCGAGGUGACUGCCCAUUGUGCGAAUAUAAAUUCUUGUGGAAUGAUAUAAUACGAAAGAAAAAGGGAUUAUCUGUGAACAUUGCAGCAGACAAUGAAGAUGAAGGAGACUAUGAUAUCUGA